AGAGCUGCUCUAGACAUUUCUAAACAUGUUGGGAAGCGAGAAAGCUCUGACCUGUGCACCUUGCAAUAACAAUGUAGGGUUCCUGCAGAGGACCAACAGCCUGGAAGACAAGGGCCGGAUGGUCAGCUCCAUGAAGGAGAGGCAGUCUUCCAAGAGCCUGCUGGCCUGCGAGAACAGCGAGAAGGAAGCCAGGUUCCGACGCACCGAGACAGACUUCUCCAAUUUGUAUGCCAGAGAUCUGCUGCCCGCCAAGAACGGCGAGGAACAGACCAUGCAGUUCCUGCUGGAGGUCGUGGACACCCUCCUCAACUACGUGAGGAAGACGUUCGACAGAUCCACCAAAGUGCUGGACUUCCACCACCCACACCAGCUGCUGGAGGGCAUGGAGGGCUUCAACCUGGAGCUCUCGGACAACCCCGAGUCCCUGGAGCAGAUCCUGGUGGACUGCCGGGACACGCUGAAAUACGGAGUGAGGACAGGUAGGUUCUCGCACGAUACGUUUAAUGAAAAAGAGACUGAAAUCCUAGGGAUCAUCCGUAAAGGAACCCUGUGGAUUUCAGGCCGCUACCCGGGAGCCCCGCCUGUCCAGGUCCCUCUGAAUCGGAUAGAAAAUGCCCCCGAUGCUUUUUACAUACUGGCAGCAGGAGAACAGCAAGCAGAGUUUGUUUACAGCAGUAGCAAUUUAUCCAUGUUUACCUAUGAAAUUGCCCCUGUUUUUGUCCUCAUGGAGCAAAUAACACUGCGAAAGAUGAGGGAGAUUAUUGGAUGGUCAAAUAAAGAUGGUGAUGGAAUAUUCUCACCCGGAGGAGCUAUCUCCAACAUGUACAGCAUAAUGGCUGCACGCUACAAGUAUUUCCCUGAAGUCAAAACCAAAGGCAUGGCUGCAGUCCCCAAACUGGUUCUCUUUACCUCAGAACACAGUCACUACUCAAUAAAGAAAGCUGGAGCUGCGCUUGGAUUUGGAACAGACAAUGUGAUUUUGAUAAAAUGCAAUGAAAGAGGCAAAAUAAUACCAGCUGAUUUGGAGGCAAAAAUUUUGGAAGCAAAACAAAAGGGUCACAUUCCUCUUUUUGUAAAUGCAACUGCAGGCACAACAGUAUAUGGAGCCUUUGAUCCAAUACAGGAGAUUGCAGAUAUAUGUGAAAAAUAUAACCUCUGGCUCCAUGUAGAUGCUGCCUGGGGAGGUGGACUCUUAAUGUCCCGAAAGCAUCGUCAUAAAUUGAAUGGAAUAGAAAGAGCCAACUCGGUCACUUGGAAUCCACACAAGAUGAUGGGAGUGUUGUUACAAUGUUCUGCCAUUCUUGUCCGGGAGAAGGGCAUACUUCAAGGCUGCAAUCAAAUGUGUGCAGGCUAUCUCUUCCAGCAAGACAAACAGUAUGACGUAUCCUACGACACUGGAGAUAAGGCAAUACAGUGUGGUCGACAUGUGGACAUUUUCAAAUUCUGGUUGAUGUGGAAGGCAAAGGGGACAGUAGGAUUUGAAAAUCAGGUCAACAAAUGCCUGGAGCUGGCAGAAUAUCUCUACACUAAAAUCAAAAACAGAGAAGAGUUUGAGAUGGUUUUCGAAGGGGAGCCCGAGCAUACAAAUGUAUGUUUUUGGUAUAUUCCGCCAAGUCUCAGGGGCAUGCCAGACUGUGAUGAGAGAAGAGAAAAGUUACACAGGGUGGCACCGAAAAUCAAAGCACUUAUGAUGGAGUCAGGUACUACCAUGGUUGGAUAUCAGCCUCAGGGCAAUAAAGUCAACUUCUUCCGAAUGGUCAUCUCAAACCCAGCAGCAACUAAGUCUGACAUUGACUUCCUCAUUGAGGAAAUAGAGAGGUUGGGGCAGGAGCUGUAGUGGAGUGGUUGAAUUGUUUUGUUCUCUAAUUCACUGUUUUCCAGCACUGGCUACUUUUUUAACCCAGUUCUGCAGAACACGUUUGAAGGAUAUUCUCUUUCUGUAAGUUCCAGUCUCCUAAGACAUCCUUAAGCAACAUAACUAUAGGCUACUGAAAUAUACAUGUAUUGGUAGAUGAGAUUACUGAAGGAAAAUAUAUUAUCUUGAAGUUGAAGUGCUAUUGACUCUUACAUUGGUCUUGUUUAUUGUAGUCAGCAG